AUCUGCGCUCAGGCUCAGGUACAGCAGCGCAUCACACACGGACAGAGAGAGAGAGCAGCAGUGGAAGAUAUAUUUAUAGCCUAUAGCGAGGCUGCAACACAGAAAUAAGACUUGGGACCAAGCUGCAGGCAGACAGACAGACAGACAGAGCUUAGGGAAAAGAGGACACGUCAAGAUGAAACAGUUCACUUCGCUAGUUUUAUUCGGGGCCGCAGUGGUCUCCCUGGUCAGCGCAGCCGGCACCGAGGGGGAGAUCUCCUUCGAGUACCACCGCUAUGAGGAGCUGCGGAAGGCGCUGGUGUCGGUGUGGCUACAGUGCCCGACCAUCACCCGCAUCUACACCAUCGGGGAGAGCUUCGAGGGCCGCGAGCUGCUGGUGCUGGAGAUGUCAGACAACCCCGGGACGCACGAGCCUGGUGAGCCUGAGUUUAAGUACAUCGCCAACAUGCACGGCAAUGAGGCCGUGGGCAGAGAGCUGAUCAUCUACCUGGCUCAGUACCUGUGCAACCAGUACCAGCAAGGCAACGAGACCAUCAUCGACCUCGUCCACAACACCCGCAUCCACUUCAUGCCCUCCAUGAACCCAGAUGGCUUCGAGAAGGCCGCUUCACAGCCCGGAGAGAUUAAGGACUGGUUUGUCGGCCGCAGUAACGCACAGGGGGUGGAUCUGAACCGUAACUUCCCCGAUCUGGACCGCAUCAUCUACAUCAAUGAACGGGAGGGUGGAGCCAACAACCACCUGCUGCAGAACAUGAAGAAGGCUGUGGAUGAAAACACCAAACUGGCUCCAGAGACCAAGGCAGUGAUCCACUGGAUCAUGGAUAUCCCCUUCGUGCUCUCAGCUAACCUGCAUGGAGGAGACGUGGUGGCCAACUACCCUUACGAUGAGACCCGCACUGGCUCCACUCACGAGUACAGUUCCAGUCCAGAUGAUGUUGUGUUCAAGUCUCUGGCAAGAGCCUACUCCAUUUACAACCCAGUCAUGUCCGACCCUAACCGACCCCCCUGCCGUAAGAACGACGAUGACUCCAGCUUCAAGGAUGGCAUCACUAACGGAGGGGCCUGGUACAGCGUGCCAGGAGGCAUGCAGGAUUUCAACUACCUCAGCAGCAACUGUUUUGAGAUCACUCUGGAGCUCAGCUGUGACAAGUUCCCCAGUGAGGACACACUGAAGAACUACUGGGAGCAGAACCGCAACUCACUGGUCAACUACAUCGAGCAGGUUCACCGGGGUGUAAAGGGCUUCGUGCGUGCUCAGGGUAGCCCCAUUUUCAAUGCCAGCGUCUCUGUGGAGGGCAUUGACCAUGACAUCACCACAGCCAAAGAUGGAGACUACUGGCGCCUUCUGGCUCCAGGAAACUACAAAGUGGCAGCCUCUGCCCCAGGAUACCUGACUGUCAUCAAGAAGGUGGCUGUUCCCUACAGCCCUGCAACCAGGGUGGACUUUGAGCUGGAGUCUCUGAUGGAGAGGAAGGAGGAGGAGCGGGAGGAGCUGAUGGACUGGUGGAAGAUGAUGUCGGAGACACUAAACUUCUAAAGCGUUUGUCUGGCUGACAAUCGGACCGUCCGCACAUCGAUGUAAUAUAUUCAACAUUCUGUGUGCCCGUCCACUCAGAAUAUAAUGUCUCUUUAUUUGUUUUGUUCUCUUUCGAUCAUUAUUUUAAUUGAUUAUACCUGUUUAUUAAUGUAACCUCAAACUGCCUCAUACUCCUGUAGAAUGUCCUGCAGACACAGAAACGAACACAGGAGGAAUCUGCAGGUAGUUUGUUGGCAGUGAGAUCGAUCGGUGUUGAUUUCUGUGGUAUUGUGUUCUUUAUCGUACACGUGAUUUGGUAACCAUGGCACCAUCUAUAUAACCAAUGAGUGACUGAUUAAUUAUGUAUGUAAAAGAGUUGUUUACAUCAUUACCACAUGGCUACGUCCAAAAUAAUUCAUAAUUUUCUCCUGUUUUUAAUGUCUCCGUUUCUCCAGGCUUUAGUACAAAUACAAUACAAAGAAACACACCCUUUCAAGUCACAGUAACUUGGGCACACACACAUACACACUGCUUCUCUCUCUGUAACAUAAAAAAUACUACGCUAUGGUUUAGAUGUAACCUGGGACAUUAAAAACAUUGUAAACCUGUAAACAAUAUAUUGUAAACAAUCUAUACAGGAAAGCCAAUUUCCUGUUUGUUAUUGAUGUUGAGAUUUGUUUUUUUAAACUGACUGCAGCACAGCUUUGAUUUUAGCACAAGAUGAAUGGUUAUAAUAUAUACUGUAUUUAUGAACUAUGGGUAUAGCAAGAAAUGUGUGGUUUUUGUAACAAAAAAAAAGUCAAAGAAAACAAGGCCAUACCAUAAACUGUCCACCUCAGUCUACCCAAAGCCAUUCCUUUGUAUGUGCACUGCACAGGUAAUACUGUGGUACAUAAGGAACAUGUACAAUGUGUUUUUUCAAGGGUAAAUUGACACUAAUCUUCUGAUUAGACACAGAAAGGUUAGCUGACCGUAUGGAUGAAGUUCACCUGGUUUGAGUCCACAGAAAAAAUUUAUUGAAUGUAAAUCUAUAGAAACAGUUACAAAUGUAAAGAAUGAACUGAUGAAUAAAACUCCCCUCUUUAUGUUGUCAAACCAAA